AUGCCAUGUCUGAUCACAGCAGAUUCCGGGGCAGCACACGAGCUGUUGAAGGAGUCGUUCUGCGGUGUUGUUAUCGAGAAAGUGCCCGUAUAUCCGCAAGGUAGUGUACGGAUAUUCUGCUGCACCAGGAGGGACGUUGCGGGCAACAAGGCAGGCGAAGUGCAGAUUCUCUAUUGGAGUAUCAGCAUGAGCAUGAGCAUGAGCAUGCCCCCGGCCUCUGCUCAUCACGAUUCACCCGGCGGUACCAUGUUCGUUUGA